AAAAAUUAGUUCUUAAAAACUAUACACCCCUUGAGUUUGCUCCUGGCCACAAUAAAUACUUCUACACGCACUUUUCAAAAGCUGAGUAGCAGGAUGAGCGUGACGAGCCUCAUCUCCCUAGCAAACCAAGAACAAAAGCCAUCCAUCCGUUUUGCUCCGUAGAGCGAGAGCGAGACAGACGGUUGGGGAAGAGUCAGGCGAGCCAGCAGCAGCAGCUUGCUCUGCCGACGUUACAAUUCCGGGAAUGCGGGAGGGCGUGCUCGAUAGAUUUCAGGGGCCGGAGCUCGAGUAAACCACGAGAAAAGAUAGUGGCUGAGAUUUCUCGCGGCGCUCGCCGCGAGAGCGACCCCCACAGGUCGCCGCCCCUCCGCGGCCCGCGCAGCGCACAGCAUACAGUCAGCACACGCAGCAGCUGCCACCACAGCGAACAGCAAAGCACCUCCGACUCGGAGUCGCGGCGAGAGCCGAGAACCUUCUCAUUCAUCUUCCUCUUCUAUCCAUCCUGCCUGCCUGCUUGCCUCCGUAUUCCAGCUAGAUCUCCGGGCAGCCGAUUGACCGAGAAGUUUGUGGUUGUGGCGGCGGCGGAGAGGGAAACGGGGAGCGGGAGGGCGGCGCGGAUGCCACUGCUGCGCCGGCGCCGGCGGGGCCGGUGAUGCCCGCCGUGGCGGUCGCUUGAGGCCGCCGUGCGUGGGAGGUGGACGGGGGAGCGAGGCGGUGCGGACCGAGGUUGCGUUGGGUUGGAUUCGAUUGGGCUGCGUCUGCUGAGAACAGUGGCCCAGGCUCUUGGAGGACAGCAAUGGAUCAGUGACAUCUUGACACUUCUUUCCUGGACGGGGAUCCGACAAUUUUUGCUGAUUUGGGAUGAUGUAAGCAAUAUUGUGUUAACACAGGAGGCGGAUAUUCACACCUGGCUGCAUACUUCCUCUGAGUAAGGACAAUUGGAUCAAUUUAAGUAGGUCUGGGCACACAAAUUUGAACUAUUAACGCAUUGGGAGUGCUUGUGUGUUAGAGGUCUAGGAGGAGCUAUGAGGUACUACUUCCGUCAGGUCCAGCGUUUGGUUGGAGAUAUGGAAGGAGGAGCUCUCUUGUUUAUAGAUGACCUCAACUCCAAGUGACAAAGUGAACAGCUGUUGAACUUCCCGUCUAUUUCUGUUUCUUUUUGCUGGAUUUGGAGAUGGAGGUGAAUUCCUCUGGUGAGGAAACGGUGAUAAAGGUAAGGAAGCCAUACACAAUAACCAAGCAGCGGGAGCGGUGGACAGAGGCUGAGCACAAACGGUUCCUUGAAGCCUUGAAACUUUAUGGCAGAGCAUGGCAGCGCAUAGAAGAGCAUGUUGGGACAAAGACGGCCGUGCAGAUCAGAAGUCACGCUCAAAAGUUCUUCACCAAGUUUGAGCUGGGAAGAGAUGGAUGAGUGGGGGGAAAAUCCAUCCUUCAAUCUCCACUCAAGUGAAGCAAAUGUUGGAAUUUGGAGCAGGCAUUCUAGCUGUCACUAAUCCACUAUGCUAAUUUGGAAAAGGAAGCUAUUAACAAUGGUACUUCUCCGGGGCAAGCCCAUGACAUUGACAUACCGCCACCACGGCCUAAAAGAAAGGCUAACAGUCCAUAUCCUCGAAAAAGUGGUCUCAGCUCUGAGACACCAACCAAAGAACUUCCAAGUGACAAGUCAACAAAACCAAAUAUGCCCUUGAGCAAUGAGAAUGUACUAAUGGCAGGUGAUGCAUCUCUUCAGAAAUUUCAAAGGAAGGAGUUGUCUGGAAAAGAAAGUUGCUCGGAAGUUCUUAAUCUCUUCCGUGAUGCCCCAUCUCCAUCAUUUUCUUCAGUUAACAAAAGCUCUUCAAAUCAUGGUGCACCGAUUGAGGCAAGUAAAACAAAAAUCCGAGAUAUGACCAUUAUGGAAAAUAGUUCUCUUAACCCCAACAUGCAAGAGGAUGUAAAGGAAAUCAAUGAUCAGGAGAUGGAAAGGCUUAAUGGUACCCAAAUCAGCUCUAAAUGUGAACACUCUCAUGAGGGAUAUUUGGACAUCUCAAUGCAACAAAUGAAGCUAAAGCCAGAGUCUGUGGAGACAACAUAUGUGGACAAACAAACCGCAAGAGCUUCACACUCCCUAGCGGAGAGAACUGGGACAACUAGCAUUCCGGUCACUGCAACUGAAGAAACUCAUUCUGUUCUAACAAGUGAUCAAGUGGGAAUCAAUGGAAGCAUGAACCCAUCCAUCCAUCCAAUGUUUCCUGCAGAUCCAAAAUUUGAUAGCAGUGCCACACCACAGCCUUUUCCUCAUAAUUAUGCUGCCUUUGCUCCAAUGAUGCAGUGCAACUGCAACCAAGAUACCCACAGAUCAUUGGUCAACAUGUCAUCCACCUUCUCCAGCAUGCUUGUUUCCACGUUGUUGUCAAACCCUGCCAUCCAUGCAGCUGCCAGGCUCGCAGCAUCAUACUGGCCAGCAGCUGAAGGUAACACUCCGAUUGAUCCGAAUCAAGAAAAUCUUGCAGAUGGUGUUCAAGGAAGGAGCAUAGGGUCUCCUCCAAGCAUGGCUUCUAUUGUAGCAGCUACAGUUGCUGCAGCAUCUGCAUGGUGGGCAACACAAGGUCUUCUCCCUUUCUUCGCCCCACCCAUGGCUUUUUCAUUUGUGCCAGCUCCCAGUGCUGCCUUCCCCACAGUUGAUGUUCCACGACCUUCAGAGAAAGAUAGAGAUUGCCCAGCUGAAAAUGCACAGAAGGAAUGCCAAGAAGCUCGAAAACAGGGACAGUUUGAAGGUUUCAGAGUUGCCGCUUCUUCAGAGUAUGAUGGGAGUGGAAAAGGCGAGGUGUCUGUCCACACAGAGUUAAAGAUAUCUCCUGUCCAGAAUGCUGAUGCCACGUCUGCCGCAGGAGCUGACACGACUGAUGCAUUCAUGAAUAAGAAAAAGCAGGACCGCUCUUCAUGCGGUUCUAACACACCUUCAAGUAGUGAUGUAGAUGUGGACAAUGUCCCUGAGAAAGAGGGCAAUGGUAAUGAGAAGGCGAAGCAAGCCUCCUGCAGCAACUCUUCAGCUGGUGACACUAACCACCGCAGAUUUAGAAGCAGUGGAAGCACGAGUGAUUCAUGGAAGGAAGUUUCCGAAGAGGGUCGUCUGGCUUUCCAUGCGCUGUUCAGUAGAGAAAAGCUUCCGCAAAGCUUUUCUCCCCCACAAGCAGAAGGCUCGAAGGAAGUUGGCAAGGAGGAGGAAGAUGAAGUCACCACAGUGGCAGUUGACCUCAACAAGAGUACCACAAGCAUUGAUCAUGACCUCGACACAAUUGGUGAGCCAAGGGCUUCCUUUCCCAAUGAACUGUCGCCCCUGAAGCUGAAAUUGCGCCGAACAGGCUUCAAACCAUACAAGAGAUGUUCUGUGGAAGCGAAGGAGAAUAGGGUGCCGGCUAGCGACGAGGUUGGUACCAAGAGGAUUCGUCUUGAUAGUGAAGCAUCAACAUGAGCGAUUUCUACAUGGUUACCGCUCGGACUUCCUCUGCCGCCAUGAAGUUUAUGACAAAGUUGUAUUUACAUCUAAACUAGUAUAGGACUUAAAGACCUUGCAAUGCAAUGCUUCAUGAAACUGUUGUGUGCUGUAUUUUAGUACUUGUGAAGCAGCCCGGUAGACUGCUUUUAAACCUUUAUCUCGUAGACUCUGAUUUAAGCAUCAAGCAACUAUUGAACUUUAUAUUUUUGGCGGGAAGGAAAAUAAUUAUUUUUUGAUUUA